GUCACAGAGUCUGCUCUGCAAGGCCUAGGCCUAACCUGGCCCGAUUGAUCUGUCUGGACUUCCGACUUCCGGGCUCCUCCGGUUUCCAGCUCACACUUUUGUCUGAGUCACAACCAGCAGUGUUUAUUGAUUUCGACCGUACAUAAUAUUCACAAUUUGACAAGGAGGUACUUGAUCAAGUUGUUUGUUUUCAAGUUCAGUCACUAUGGCUGACACAGCUGAGCAAGAGGCGGGAGCUCCGCCGGCUCCAGCUGUCGUGCAGUCUGUGGAAGUUCCAGCCUUUCUGAGUUACUUGCGACGGAUCGUGCCAGUUUUGCUGGAUGACGAAGACCCGAACUUGAAGGCUUUGCAAAAUGCUGUUGCAGACAAGCAGCAUCUAGAGGCAGUGAAGAAAUUCUUGACUGACCCUCAGACGCUUUCGUUGAUCGUGCAGCGACCAUCAUUGAAAGAGGAAUCUGAAGAAACAGCUGAAGGGGAAGGCGAUGGCCAGAACAUCCCGUACACCAUCUCCACAGAUGUUCAUUUUGGAAGCUCUAAAAUGGCCAGUGUUGUCUUCAUCAAACGUGGACCACAACUGGAUGGGGAUAAAGGUUUGGCAUCCCAGCUGAGAAUCAUGAACUUUAGCGAGGGGUCACCAUACGAAACACUGCAUGCGUACAUCAGCAAUGCUGUGGCUCCCUACUUCAAGUCCUACAUCAAAGAAACAGGAAAGGCUGAGAGGGAUGGAGACAAAAUGGCACCCACUGUGGAGAAAAAGAUUGCUGAACUGGAGAUGGGGCUUCUGCACCUGCAGCAGAAUAUUGAUAUCCCGGAAAUCACUCUACCAGUAAACCCUGUUGUCCAUGGUGUGAUCAAGAAGUGCGCAGAGGAGAACAGAAAACCAAAGGUUGAAGAGUUUGGGGACAAAGUGGACGAUGCUCAGUUCUUGAACAGCCUGCAGAGUGGUGUGAACAGGUGGAUCAGAGAAAUUCAGAAGGUGACGAAGCUUGACCGGGAUCCUUCUUCUGGGACGGCUCUUCAAGAAAUCAGCUUUUGGCUCAAUCUGGAGAGAGCGCUGCUGCGCAUCCAAGAAAAGAGAGAAAGCACAGAGAUUGUGCUCACUCUGGACAUUCUGAAACAUGGGAAACGUUUCCAUGCCACUGUCAGCUUUGACUCGGACACAGGCCUCAAGCAAGCAAUGGCCACGGUAAAUGACUACAAUCAGCUGAUGAAGGACUUUCCCAUCAAUGACUUGUUGGCGGCAACUGAGCUGGACAAAAUCAAACUGGCUGUGCAGAGCAUCUUCCUGCACUUGAGAAAGAUUCGCUCCACAAAGUAUCCAAUUCAAAGAGGACUCAAGCUGGUGGAGGCCAUCUCAAGAGACUUGAGCACCCAGAUGCUGAAGAUACUUGGGACAAGAAGACUGAUGCAUAUUCCCUUUGAUGAGUUUGAAAAGGUGAUGGGUGCCUCCUUUGAGGUGUUCUCCUCCUGGGAUGAUGAGUUUGACAAACUGCAAGGCUUGCUCAGAGACUUGGUGAAGAAGAAGAGAGAGGAACAUCUGAGAAUGGUGUGGAGGGUUAACCCCGCCCACAAGCGCCUGCAAGGCCGCCUUGAUCACAUGAGAAAGUUCCGUCGUCAACAUGAACAGUUGCGUCAGGUGAUCAUCCGAGUGCUGCGUCCUGUGACGGUCAAGAGGGGCUCGUCCCCAGGCAAUGAUGAGCCGGAGGUCAAGGGAGAACCAGUGGCUGAUGAAGCAGCUGAUGCCAAUGCCAUUGAGGAAGUAAAUUUGGCUUACGAGAAUGUCAAAGAGGUUGAUGUUCUUGAUGUUUCAAAGGAAGGUGCCGAGUCUUGGGAAGCUGCCACAAAAAGGUACGAGGAGCGUAUUGACAGAGUGGAGACAAGGAUCACCGCCAGACUGAGGGAUCAACUGGGCACGGCUCGCAACGCGAAUGAGAUGUUCCGCAUCUUUUCUCGCUUCAACGCUCUGUUUGUGCGCCCUCACAUCCGAGGAGCCAUCAGGGAGUACCAGACGCAGCUCAUACAGAGGGUCAAAGAUGACAUUGAGUCUCUGCAUGAGAAGUUCAAGGUACAAUAUUCCCAGAAUCAAGCCUGCCACAUGAGCAAAGCGAGGGACUUCCCACCAGUGUCUGGUUCCAUCAUCUGGGCGAGACAGAUUGAGAGGCAGCUGAAUGCCUACAUGCGGCGUGUGGAGGAUGUCCUUGGCAAGGGCUGGGAGAACCAUGUGGAUGGACAGAAGCUGAAGGCAGAUGGAGACAGUUUCAAGAUGAAGCUCAACACACAGGAGCUCUUUGAUGAAUGGACCGGAAAGGUUCAGAACAAGCAAUUGACAGUUCAGGGUAAGAUCUACACCAUCACCAGUGUCCGUGUACCCAACAAAGGCAACAUUUUGAAGCUUGGGGUCAACUUCCAGAGAGAAAUCAUCCAACUGUCCAAAGAGGUGCGCAACCUGAGAUGGCUUGGCUUCCGUGUUCCACUCGCCAAUGUGAACAAGGCCCAUCAGGCAAACCAGCUGUACCCAUUUGCUAUCUCUCUGAUGGAAAGUGUGCAGUCUUACGACAAGACUCUGAAGAAGAUUGAGCACAAAGAGUCUUUGAAGCUGCUGAUUGCUGGUCUCCGCAAAGAGGUCCAAGGCCUCAUCGCAGAAGGCUGUGGCCUGCAGUGGGAGUCCUACAAGCUGGACCCAUAUGUGCAGAGGCUUGCAGACACUGUCAUCAACUUCCAAGAAAAGGUUGACGAUCUCCUGUCAAUGGAGGAAGAAAUAGAGGUGGAAGUGCGAGCUCUGGAGACCUGUGGGUACAACGCCGGCACUUUCCGUGAGAUUCUGGCCAAGGUCCAGAAGGCUGUGGACAAUCUCAGUCUGCGUUCUUACUCCAACCUGCCCCAAUGGGUCGCCCAUCUGGAUGCUGAGGUAGAGAAGAAGUUGGCCAGUCGUCUGGAGGCAGGUUUGAAAGCUUGGACUCAGACCCUGCUGGGCAAGAAGGAGAGCACAGUUGACCACUCAAUGGACACUGAUGAUGAGCCGAAACAACCUGCUCACAAGGCUGGGGGAGAUCCAAAGAUCAAGAGCUUGGUCCAUGAGCUGAGAAUCACCAAUCAGCUGAUGUACGUCAGCCCUCCCACUGAAGAUGCACAGUUCAAAAUUCUGCAAGAACUUUUUGCCUGGGAGGCAGUCGUCACAAGCUUGCCUCGCAUCCAACACUCGAGGUACCAGGUUGGCCUUCAGUCGGAGUCGGAGGCUGAGAUCACCUACCGCAGUGUGCUGACAAAACUGCCGGAUGGACCCAUUGUUCUGGAAAAUGCCUACUCAGCCAUUCAGAAGACUGUGGAAGAGUUCUGCAAAUAUGUCAAUGUGUGGCUGCGCUACCAGUCCUUGUGGGAUUUGAAUCCCGAUGUGCUGUACAGUCGCCUAGGCAACAACUUGGUCAAGUGGAUGAAGACACUGGAAGACAUCAAAUCUUCUCGCAAGACUUUUGACACGUCUGAAACCCAGAAAGAGAUAGGACCUCUCAUUGUGCAGUUUGGCAAGGUUCAGUCGAAGGUCUCACUGAAGUAUGACUCCUGGCACAAAGACGUCUUGGGCAAGUUUGGCGGACUUCUCAGCAAUGAGAUGACCGAGUUUCAUGCUCAGGUGUCAAAGUCCCGCUCUGACCUAGAGUCUCAGUCCAUCGACACAGCCAACACGUCCGAGGCAGUUGGCCUCAUCACGCACGUGCAGUCCCUGAAGAGGAAGGUCAAGUCCUGGGAGAAACAGGUGGAGACAUACAAGGAGGGUCAACGUAUCCUGGAGAGACAGAGGUUCCAGUUCCCAUCCAACUGGCUGUACAUUGACAACAUUGAGGGCGAGUGGGGAGCUUUCUCUGACAUCAUGAAGCGCAAAGACUCUUCCAUUCAGACUCGUGUGGCCAGCUUGCAGAUGAAGAUUGCCUCUGAGGACACUCUGGUGGAGAACAAAACAGCCACCCUGCUUCAGGAAUGGGAAAAGGAGAAGCCAGUUGCUGGUGAGAUGAGACCUGAUCAGGCUCUCAAAGCCCUUACCAUCUUUGAGGGCAAAUUUGGCAGACUGAAAGAGGAGAGAGACAAUGUCUCCAGAGCCAAAGAAGCCCUUGAACUUGCUGAACCAGGUCAUGUCAGCCCCAGCCAUGAACGCAUGCAGGUUGGUUUGGAAGAGCUGCAGGACUUGAAGGGCGUGUGGCAAGAGUUGUGCAAGGUCUGGGAGCAGAUCGAUGAGCUGAAGGAGAAACCCUGGCUCUCUGUGGCUCCGAGAAAGCUGCGUCAGUCAAUUGACGGUUUGCUGAACCAAAUGAAGGAACUGCCUGCAAGACUGAGAGCCUACUCCUCCUUUGAGUAUGUCAAGAAACAACUGCAAGGCUAUGCCAAGGUGAAUGUGCUGAUUGUGGAACUGAAGUCGGAGGCCCUGAAGGAGCGUCACUGGAAGCAGCUGAUGAAGCGGCUGAGGGUGAACUGGGUGUUGUCUGAGCUGACCCUCGGCCACAUCUGGGACAUUGACUUUGUCCGGCAUGAGCCCACCAUCAGGGACGUCAUCAGCGUGGCUCAGGGAGAAAUGGCUCUGGAAGAGUUUUUGAAACAGGUCAGUGAGGUGUGGAGAAGUUAUGAGCUGGACAUGGUGAACUACCAGAACAAGUGUCGCCUGAUCCGAGGCUGGGAUGAUCUGUUCACCAAGGUCAAGGAGCACAUUAACAGCGUCACGGCCAUGAAGCUCUCACCCUACUACAAGCAAUUUGAAGAAGAGGCUCUGGCAUGGGAGGACAAGCUGAACCGCAUCAACUCCUUGUUCGAUGUCUGGAUUGAUGUUCAGAGAAGAUGGGUCUACUUGGAGGGUAUCUUCACUGGCAGCGCUGACAUCAAGCAUCUGCUGCAAGUGGAGACUUCUCGCUUCCAAGGAGUGAGCACAGAGUUCUUGGGACUCAUGAAGAAAGUGGCCAAGUCACCCUUGGUGAUCGAUGUCCUCAACAUACCAAACGUGCAGCGUCAGUUGGAAAGACUGGCAGACUUGUUGGGCAAGAUCCAGAAGGCUCUUGGUGAAUAUCUGGAAAGAGAAAGAGCCUCCUUCCCCAGGUUCUACUUUGUGGGAGAUGAAGAUCUGCUUGAGAUCAUUGGUAACAGCAAGAACAUUCCUCGUCUCCAGAAGCACUUUAAGAAGAUGUUUGCUGGCGUUGCCUCCAUCAUUCUCAAUGAAGAUGAUUCCCAUGUGACUGGACUCACAUCAAAAGAAGGGGAAGAAGUCGUGUUUGCUACCCCUGUGUCCAUCGCUGCUCACCCGAAAAUCAAUGAGUGGCUCACCCUGGUGGAGAAAGAGAUGAGGGUGACUCUGGCCAAGCUCCUGGCCAAUGCCAUCCAGGACAUGUCAGCUUUCAGGACUGGCGAGAUCGAGCAUGCCAAGUUCAUGGCCUGGGUGGAUAAAUAUCAGGCUCAAUUGGUGGUGUUGGCAGUCCAGAUCUUCUGGUCUGAGAACAUGGAGAAUGCCCUGCAGACUGCAGCCAGCAAGGGUGGAGACAAUGCGCCUGUUGUGGAAGUGUUGAAGCUCGUGGACUCCACUCUCAACGUAUUGGCAGACUCUGUGCUGGUUGAGCAGCCUCCGGUCAGGCGCAAGAAGCUGGAGAGUUUGAUCACAGAGCUCGUCCACCAGCGUGGAGUCACCAGGACCAUGGUGAAGAACAAAGUGAACAACCCCAAGUCCUUUGACUGGUUGUGUCAGAUGAGGUUCUACUUUGAUCCAAAGAACACUGAAGUCCUGCAGCAGCUGUCUAUUCAGAUGGCAAACGCCAAGUUCAACUACGGCUUUGAGUACUUGGGUGUCCAGGACAAACUGGUCCAGACACCGCUGACUGAUCGCUGUUACCUGACCAUGACACAAGCCCUGGAGGCCAGGCUCGGAGGGUCUCCUUUUGGACCUGCUGGUACUGGAAAGACUGAGUCUGUGAAGGCUUUGGGCAACCAGCUGGGACGUUUUGUCUUGGUCUUCAACUGUGACGAAACCUUUGAUUUCCAGGCCAUGGGUCGUAUCUUUGUUGGUCUGUGUCAAGUGGGAGCCUGGGGAUGCUUUGAUGAGUUCAACCGUCUGGAGGAGCGCAUGCUGUCUGCUGUGUCUCAGCAAAUCCAGACCAUCCAAGAGGCUCUGAAAGACCUUGCUGCUCCAGACAAAAAGGGACAAGACAAUGGCCCCAUCCUUGUGGAGCUGAUUGGCAAACAGGUGAAGGUAAACCCUGACAUGGCCGUCUUCAUCACCAUGAACCCUGGCUAUGCUGGCCGCUCCAACCUGCCGGACAACUUGAAGAAACUGUUCCGCUCUCUGGCCAUGACCAAACCAGACCGACAGCUGAUCGCAGAGGUCAUGCUGUACUCGCAGGGCUUCCGACAAGCUGAGAAAUUGUCCAGCAAGAUUGUACCCUUCUUCAAGCUCUGUGAUGAACAGCUGAGCCCUCAAUCUCACUACGACUUUGGCCUGAGAGCCCUGAAGAGUGUCCUGGUCAGUGCCGGAAAUGUGAAGAGAGACAGAAUCCAGUACAUCAAGCAGGGACUGGUCGAUAGGGGAGAGCCCGUGGAUGAAGCUUCCAUUGCUGAGAAUAUUCCAGAACAGGAGAUUCUGAUUCAGAGCGUCAUGGAGACGAUGGUGCCCAAGCUGGUGGCCGAGGACAUUCCCCUCCUCCACAGUUUGCUCAGCGAUGUGUUCCCAGGCGUGGAGUACAGCCCUGCUGAGAUGACUGCGCUGAGGAAUGAGAUCAGGAAAGUUUGUGGAGAGCUGUACCUGGUCUAUGGAGAGGGUGAUGAGUUGGGUACCCAGUGGGUGGAGAAGGUUCUGCAACUGCACCAGAUCACCAUGCUACAUCACGGUUUGAUGAUGGUGGGACCCAGUGGAAGCGGCAAGUCCAAGGCCUGGCAAGUCCUGCUCAAAGCUCUGGAAAGACUGGAGGGUAUCGAAGGUGUUGCUCACGUCAUCGAUCCAAAGUCCAUUUCCAAAGAUGCACUGUAUGGCAACCUGGAUCCAAACACAAGAGAAUGGACAGAUGGUCUGUUCACUCAUGUUGUGAGAAAGAUCAUUGACAAUGUUCGUGGUGAACUCAGCAAACGUCAGUGGAUCAUUUUUGACGGAGAUGUGGAUCCUCAGUGGGUGGAGAACUUGAACUCUGUGCUUGAUGAGAACAAACUGCUCACCUUGCCUAACGGUGAACGUCUGGCCAUUCCUCCAAAUGUGCGCAUCAUGUUUGAGGUGCAGGACCUGAAGUACGCCACCCUGGCCACUGUGAGUCGCUGCGGCAUGGUAUGGUUCAGCGAGGACGUGCUCUCCACAGAGAUGAUCUUCGAGAACUACAUCCAGGUCCUGCGCCACGUGCCCUUGGAGGAGAGUGAGGAGGACUUCAAGCACAGCAGAAACCUAGGUGGAGAGAACAAGGAAGAUGAAGUUACCCCAACACUGCAGAUUCAGCGAGAUGUGGUGGCUAUCCUUCAGCCAUACUUCUCUCUGGGUGGUCUGGUGAACCGGUGUCUUGAGCACGCUUUCACCAUUGACCACAUCAUGGACUUCACCAGGCUCCGGGCUCUCACCUCUCUCUUCUCCAUGCUCAACCAGGGCAUCAGGAACAUCCUGACAUACAACCACACACAUGACUUUGCCAUGCCUCAAGACCAGAUGGAGCAGUACAUGACCAAGUACUUGGUGCACAGUUUGUUGUGGUCCAUGUCGGGAGACAGCCGCAUCAAAGUGAGGCAAGAGUUGGGCGACUUCAUUAGGAGCGUUACAACCAUCCCUCUGCCUCCUGCCACCAACGUGCCCAUCAUUGACUUUGAGGUGGCGGUGACUGGAGAGUGGGCCCCCUGGCAGUCUAAGGUUCCCCAGGUGGAGGUUGAGACCCACAAAGUGGCCGCCCCGGACGUGGUCAUCCCCACCAUUGACACAGUGAGACACGAGAGCCUGCUUUACACCUGGCUGGCCGAGCACAAGCCUCUGGUCCUGUGCGGCCCGCCCGGCUCAGGAAAGACCAUGACCUUGUUCAGUGCUCUCAGAGCUCUUCCCGACAUGGAGGUGGUAGGCUUGAACUUCUCCAGUGCAACCACCCCUGAGCUGCUCUUGAAGACAUUUGACCACUACUGCGAGUUCCGGCGGACGCCCAAUGGUCUUGUCUUGUCUCCUGUACAGCUCAACAAGUGGCUGGUCCUGUUCUGUGAUGAGAUCAACCUGCCAGACAUGGACAGCUAUGGCACACAGCGUGUCAUUUCAUUCUUGAGACAAAUGAUGGAGCAUGGAGGCUUCUACCGCACAUCUGACCAGGCAUGGGUCAAGUUUGAGCGCAUCCAGUUUGUUGGUGCUUGUAACCCCCCCACUGACCCAGGCAGAAAGCCUUUGUCUUACAGGUUCCUCCGCCACGUCCCUGUGGUGUAUGUGGACUACCCAGGAGAGUUGUCUCUCAAGCAGAUCUACGGCACCUUCAACCGCGCCAUGCUGCGCCUUGUGCCCAGUCUGAAGCCCUAUGCCGAUCCCCUCACCAACGCUAUGGUGGAGUUUUACAUCAUGUCACAGGAUCGUUUCACACAAGACAUGCAGCCGCACUACAUCUACAGUCCCCGUGAGAUGACUCGCUGGGUCCGCGGCAUCUGUGAGGCUCUCAGGCCUCUCGAAACCCUCAGCUUGGAAGGUCUUGUGCGCAUCUGGGCCCACGAGGCUUUGAGGCUCUUCCAGGACAGACUGAUUGAAGAUGAAGAGAGACUUUGGACUGACCAGAAUGUGGAUGCCACAGCUCUGAAGCAUUUCCCAAGCAUCAACAGGGAAGAAGCCUUGAGCAGACCCAUCCUGUUCAGCAAGUGGCUGUCCAAGGACUACAUGCCUGUGGACAGGGAGGAGCUCCGGGAGCACACAAAGGCCAGGCUCAAGGUGUUCUACGAAGAAGAGUUGGAUGUGCCACUCGUACUCUUUGACGAGGUUCUUGACCAUGUGUUGAGGAUUGACAGGAUUUUCCGUCAGCCCCAGGGCCACUUGCUGCUGAUUGGUGUCAGUGGCUCAGGAAAGACCACCCUGUCCCGCUUUGUGGCGUGGAUGAAUGCCCUCAGUGUGGUCCAGAUCAAGGUGCACAACAAGUACACGGCCAACGAGUUUGAUGAGGACUUGCGGUCCGUACUUCGCAGGGCUGGAUGUAAGGCAGAAAAAAUUUGCUUCAUCAUGGACGAGUCGAACGUCCUGGACUCGAGCUUCCUGGAGAGGAUGAACACACUGCUGGCCAACGGAGAAGUCCCGGGCCUGUUUGAGGGCGACGAGUACACCACACUGAUGACUCAGUGCAAGGAAGGUGCCAUCAGAGAGGGACACAUGCUGGACUCUGCCGAGGAGCUCUACAAGUGGUUCACCUCUCAGGUUAUCAGAAACCUUCACGUGGUGUUCACCAUGAACCCAUCUUCUGAGGGUCUCAAGGACAGAGCAGCAACUUCUCCUGCUUUGUUCAACAGAUGUGUCCUGAAUUGGUUUGGUGACUGGUCCAAUGGAGCUCUGUACCAAGUUGGAAAGGAGUUCACCAACAAAGUGGACCUGGAAAAGGGAUCUUACAAGCCACCAGACAUGUUCCCUGCCGCCUACGAGAACCUCACACCCUCACCAUCCCACAGAGAGGCCGUCAUCGACAGCUUUGUCUAUGUGCACCAGUCUUUGCAUCAGGCAAACUCCAAAGUGGCGCGCAGAAGUGGCCGUGUCAUGGCCAUCACUCCCAGACAUUACCUGGACUUCAUUCACCACUUUGCUAAGCUGUACAACGAGAAGCGUUCUGACCUGGAGGAGCAACAGCUUCACUUGAAUGUGGGUUUGCAGAAGAUCCACGAGACUGUGGAGCAGGUGGAGGAACUGCAGAAGUCGCUGUCCAUCAAGAGGAUUGAGCUGGAGGAGAAGAACAACGCUGCCAACGCCAAGCUCAAGCAGAUGGUGAAAGACCAGCAAGAGGCUGAGCGGAAGAAGGUGACAUCUCAGGAAAUCCAGCAGGCUCUGAAGGACCAGACCAAGGUGAUCUCGGAGAAACAGAGCAGUGUCAUGGCAGACCUGGAGCAGGUGGAGCCAGCUGUCAUUGAGGCACAGAAUGCUGUGAAGGGCAUCAAGAAAAAGGACUUGGUGGAGAUCAGGUCCAUGGGUAAUCCUCCUCCGGUGGUCAAAUUGGCCCUGGAGGCCAUCUGCCUGUUGCUGGGAGAGAGCGCCACGGACUGGAAGGUCAUCCGACAGGUCAUCAUCAAAGACAGCUUCAUCACGUCUAUUGUUAACAUGAAAACAGACGACAUCUCGGAUGACAUCCGCAACAAGAUGAAGACCAAGUACUUGAACAACCCUGACUACAACUACGAGAAGGUGAACAGGGCCAGUUUGGCUUGUGGACCCAUGGUCAAGUGGGCCAUUGCUCAGAUCCAGUAUGCUGAAAUGUUGAAGAGGAUUGAACCUCUGCGCAAUGAGUUGAGUGGCCUGGAGAACCAGGCGGAGGAGAACCGUCUUAAGGGAGAGGAGGUGAACAAGCUCGUUGUGGAGCUGGAGCGCAGCAUCUCCAAGUACAAGGAGGAGUACGCCAUGCUCAUCAGCCAGGCCCAGGCCAUCAAGGCUGAUUUGGCUGCUGUGGAAGCUAAGGUGGAGCGCAGUGUUGCUUUGUUGAACAGUCUGACGAGUGAGAAGCUCAGAUGGGAGGCUGGAAGCGAGACCUUCAAGAACCAGAUGGCCACCAUCAUUGGAGAUGUUCUACUCUCUUCUGCUUUCAUGGCUUAUGGUGGAUACUUUGACCAGCUCAUGAGGCACACUCUCUUCUCCAACUGGUGUGAACACUUGCAGAAAGCCAACAUCCAGUUCAGGACAGACCUGGCAAAGACAGAGUAUCUGUCCAAUGCUGAUGAGAGACUGAAGUGGCAGGCCAAUGCUCUGCCCACGGACGAACUGUGCACUGAGAACGCCAUCAUGCUGAAGCGCUUCAACAGAUACCCACUCAUCAUUGACCCGUCCGGGCAGGCUACAGAGUUCAUCAUGAAUGAGUUCAAGGAGAGGAAGAUCACUAAGACCAGUUUCUUGGACGAUGCAUUCCGUAAGAACCUUGAGAGUGCUCUGCGAUUUGGUAAUCCCCUCCUGGUACAGGAUGUGGAGAAUUACGAUCCCAUAUUGAACCCAGUUCUGAACAGAGAGUUGCGCCGCACUGGUGGCCGUGUCCUGAUCUCUCUGGGAGACCAAGAUAUUGAUUUGUCUCCCUCUUUCACCAUCUUCUUGACCACCCGAGACCCCAACGUGGAGUUUGCCCCUGACCUCUGCUCUCGUGUCACGUUUGUCAACUUCACUGUCACCCGUAGCAGUUUGCAGAGUCAGUGCUUGAACCAGGUUCUCAAAGCAGAGAGACCAGAUGUUGACGAAAAGCGCUCUGAUCUGCUGAAACUGCAAGGUGAAUUCCAACUGAGACUGAGACAACUUGAGAAGUCUCUGUUGCAAGCACUGAAUGAUGUCAAGGGCAAGAUUCUGGAUGAUGACAGCAUCCUGAGUCACUUGGAGACCCUGAAGUUGGAGGCUGCGGAGGUAGCCAAGAAGGUGGAGGAGACGGAUGUGGUGAUGGCCGAGGUGAACACCGUGUCCCAGCAGUACGAGCCGCUGGCCAUGAGCUGCUCCAGCAUCUACUUCACCCUGGAGGCUCUGCAACAGGUGCACUUCCUGUACCAGUACUCCCUGCAGUUCUUCCUAGAGAUUUUCCAUGCCUCCACUAGCAACAACCAGCAUCUGACGGGUCUCAAGGACCACACAGCUCGCCUCUCCAGGAUCACUACUGACCUCUUUAUGGAAGCCUACAGUCGGGUUGGUAGAGGAAUGCUUCACCAGGACAGAAUCACGUUUGCCAUACAGCUGUGCAGGAUUCAUCUGCAGGGAAUGGCAGGAGAAAGCUCUUAUGAGACAGAGUUUGACCACUUCAUGAGGAGCCAGGAGGGCUUGCUCGCUGACAAACCCACCUCUACUCUGCCUGGCCUCAGCACCCAGCAGCACUCUGCUCUGGUUCGCCUCAGCAAACUGUCUUCCUUCAGGAACAUCAUGAGUGAAGUCACUGGAAAUGCUGAAUUCAGCUCUUGGCUUGAGUGUGCCAAUCCAGAACUGGAGAUCCCCAAGAUGUGGGUGGAAGACAAGUCCAUCACUGAUGUUGGAAAGGCUGUGAAUGGGCUCUUGGUGAUCCACGCGCUGCGACCGGACAGACUGACAGCCAUGGCCAGGAUUUUUGUCGAGAAAGUUCUGGGCACAGAAUUUGUGCACGUCUCUGCCAAGGAAAUGGACCUGGCUGCCAUCUGUGAAAAUGAGAUCAAGGGAGCCACACCAGUUCUGAUGUGCUCUGUGACUGGUUAUGAUGCUAGCUCAAGAGUUGAUGAUUUGGCUGCUGAGCUCAACAAGUCCAUCACAUCCAUUGCCAUUGGCUCUGCUGAAGGUUUCACACAAGCAGACAAGGCGAUCAACUCCUCCAGCAAGUCCGGACGCUGGGUGAUCCUGAAGAACGUUCACCUGGCUCCUCAGUGGCUGGUGCAGCUGGAGAAAAAACUUCACAGCUUGCAGGUGCACCCCAGCUUCAGGCUCUUCCUCACCAUGGAGAUCAACCCCAAGCUGCCUACCAAUCUGCUUAGGGCUGGCAGAGUGUUUGUGUUCGAGCCCCCUCCGGGUGUGCCAGCCAACCUGAUGAGAACAUUCAGCACCGUUCCCUCCGCUCGCAUGUGCAAGGCACCAAAUGAGCGAGCCCGUUUGUACUUCCUCCUGGCCUGGCUCCAUGCCAUUCUCCAAGAGCGCAUGCGCUACACACCCCUGGGCUGGGCCAAGAAGUACGAGUUCACAGAGUCUGACCUCCGCGUGGCCUGUGAUAUGCUGGAUGUAUGGAUCGACUCUGUUGCCAUGGGCCGCACAAAUCUUCCACCUGAGAAAGUACCAUGGGAUGCCAUCAGAACCCUUCUGGCCCAGUGCAUCUAUGGUGGCAAGAUUGACAACGACUUUGAUCAGCGCCUACUGACCUCAUUUGUGAACAAGUUGUUCACCCCCAAGAGCUUUGAGGGAGACUUCCCUCUGGUGCAGGACAUUGAUGGCAUCAAAGGCAAACACAUCACAAUGCCAGAUGGAGUCAGGCGUGAGCAGUUUGUCCAGUUUGUGGAGAACAUGGAGGGAUCUCAGACCCCGUCAUGGCUUGGUCUUCCCAACAAUGCCGAGAAAGUGCUCCUUACAACACAAGGGAGCAGCAUGAUCGCUAACCUGCUGCGCAUGCAGCUGCUGGAGGACUCUGAGGUGUCCAGCCAUGGCGGCACGCCCGAGGAGCACGAGAAACGCCUGGCGGAUGGACGUCCCGCGUGGAUGAGGACCCUGCACACUUCCGUCACUGCUUGGCUGCAGCUGGUGCCCAAGGCCCUGGGUGGUAUGAAGAGAACGGUGGAGAACAUCAAGGACCCGUUGUUCCGCUUCUUCGAGCGGGAGGUCAAUGCUGGAGCCAAGCUGCUGGCCGAUGUGCGCCGUGACCUGAUGGACAUGAUCAAAGUGUGCGACGGGGAGAAGAAGCCCACCAACCACCACCGCUCCAUGAUGGCUGAUCUGGUGAAAGGAAUUAUUCCUUCCUCCUGGAGACGCUACAAUGUCCCGGCGGGCCUGACGGUCAUCCAGUGGAUCACAGACUUCAGCAUGAGGAUCAAGCAGCUGCAGGCCAUCUCUCAAGCCACACAGUCGGGUGGAGCUAGAGAACUCAAGAACCUGCAGAUCUGGCUUGGUGGUCUGUUCAUCCCGGAGGCUUACAUCACGGCCACACGACAGUUUGUGGCCCAGGCCAACCACUGGUCCCUGGAGGAACUCUACCUGGAUGUGCUGGUACAAUCUAACAAGACAGUCAACCUGGAUGACUGCAGUUUCUCCAUCACUGGUUUGAAACUGCAAGGAGCUGUGUGCAAGGAGAACAAACUGCAGCUGAGUAAGACCAUCUCCACAGAGCUGCCUCUCACCAUCCUGCGCUGGAUCAGACUGGAAGGUGGCAAGGACCUGUCGGAGGGUAAGGUCACCCUGCCCGUGUACCUGAAUGCCACGCGCAGCCAGCUGCUGUUGACCCUGGACUUUGUGCCGGCCGAGGGAACCAGCCAGGACCACAGCUUCUAUGAGAGAGGUGUGGCCCUCAUCUCAUCAGAUCUCAGCUAAACUGGAGAGAUGACGUGAACCGUGAUGCCAACAGCAUCCCCAGCAAAUGAGAGUCUCGCUUUGAUAACUUGAGACCUUACACAUUGAUGUUGAUCGAUGUCUUUUCAUUUUCUUUUUCUGUCGCUUCUCGUUGUGUUACUGUGUGAAGAUUGUAUCAGCUUACAAGUUAAUUGUCUUUAAUGUUAUGCAACCGAUACGUCACGAUCAUUUGUCAGCUGCACCUCUAGAACAAAUUCAUCAUGUGCCGUUGCCUGUCAGUGGAUGGCAAUUUAAUUUUUCAAACAAUACUGCGUGAGUAUAAUUAUCAUGGCGAGUUGACCAAAUGCAGAGGGAUUCUACAGGUGUGGGUUACCGUUGAGGAACUUCCCUGCAGCUUCUUGCCACUGGUGUGGUAAUUACUUUUAUUGAUUUAUAUGCUGCAGAGUCAGAACUCAUUAGCUGCACGGCUAUUAUUGUGUUGCACUGUGUGGGAGGUGAGAUACUGUCUGUAGUCUUUGAGAUAUAUCCAUCAUAAUGUUAAACAAUGACUUUUUUGUAAGUACUUGUUUUGUCAGUUGCACUUUCUGGAUAUUAGAUACCUGUAUUCAGUGUUCAACUGCUCGUGAAAUUAGAGCUUCUUGAUUACAAGUGAUUAGACCUUUUAAAUGAAAAACCUAUCUCUCUGUUUAAGGUUUUGCUUGGAGUGAGUACCAUAUAGUUACCAUUUUUAACACUCCAGUGUACACUCCCUCAGAAAUGCAUUGCACUGAUGAAAUUAAUGAAAAUAUUUUCUCAUCCUCAAAUUAUUAUGCUGUUUCUUAAGGUUAAACAUUUCAAAUGAAAAUGAAAAAUAAUAUAUAUUUUUUGUCCAUUACAGAAGUUUUAAUUCUUGCAUUUCCUUUUAGAAAAUUGAUAUUGGUUGUAUAAUAUGACCUACUUUUUUUCAUUACCGAAAUGCCAGCUGUUUUAACCCUUAAAACCCUAUACCGCUGGUCAACUUUAUCGUUUAACUCCCAGUGCUAGAAACAGGGGUGUAGCCUAACUCCAGAUGACUGUCGUGAGCAGAAAGUAUUGAUAAUGUCCUAAAAGCAGUUCUACACCAAAAGUUUGAAAUUUUUGGUAGUUUUUUUUUUUAAUGAGUGACCUUUCACUGCUAGGCGCAUCAGUCUGCAAUAUUUUUGACAUUUUUAAAUCCUGAAUCAGACCCAGAUUAUGAUUCGAAGUCGAAUAUAUCAAUAGAUUUGACGGCUGAAGACGAUUGCAAUGUCUCAUAUAAUAUUGAUAAUGAUUUUUAGUGGAAGUGGUAGGGGAUCACCAUCUGAGCUAUCAGAGGCUAGAUCUACGGCUGGGUCUAAUGAUGCUUUGACUCUAGUGAAGUCAGGGAUCACACACAAGACUUUACUCAUAUAGUUGGUCCUAAAAACCAGUGUUUUAACUUUUCCCCCUUUUGUCCAGAAUGUGCAUUCACAUAUUAUACGCAACAUAUUCAAAUUUCAGUAAAAUCUGACAACAAUUAAAGACACAGUAAGCCAACCAAUAAAACAACCUUAUUUUUUUCUAUUGCCUCCAUUUUAAUUCAGGAUUCUAAGGAGGUAGGAAAAAAAAAGCUCAGGGUUUUAAGGGUUAAUGGGGUUUUUUUUUCUUAGAGUACUGAACCAUCAUUAGAUUGAUGUUCAUCCAGUAUGCUUAUUUUCCUUAACUGGUCUUCUUUAUAUUGUAUAAAUGUAAUCUGCCUUGGGUUUUUUUUUAAUUCUUUCCUUGGGCUUAUGAUGGAUAUGCUGGUACCUUUUUUUUUCAAAUCAUAAAGUUCUUUCUUUGACUCUUUGUCAUUCCCAUUUUUCAGAAAGACUAUGCUAAAUGUCAAACGGAGAAGUGGAAGGUUGUUCCACCCGUGCAGCCACAGAUGGCUAUUUAUAGAGUUCUUUUAUAGAUCUCGAAACAUUUCAUUUGUUUGUACCCAAAGGUUUCUGCUCUCAUUUCUUUGUUCGUUUGUUACCUUCUACAGAAAGGCUACUUGUUUCUUCUCACUGUUUGGUGUGCGGUGUUUCCUUGUGUACCCUUGUAGUACUCAAUAAACUUUUCUUCCUGGACUACAA